CACACAUAAUGUGUCCUGCAUGGUUUGUGUACCACUUGCAGCGGAAAUUAUAGCGGCAUUGGUACGAAGAGGAAGAAGAAAAUAGGAACUGAGAAUGUUUUCGUAGGACUCGAUGGGCUGGCAUAGGAUCGCAUGGUACUCCGUGCAUCUUGAUCCUUCUUCCGUGCAAGAAUUGGUAGCCACAGCCGGGAUACUGCAGCUUGCACCCCACCUUGGAACUCAAGCUCCGAUGAAGUUGUGGCUCAGUCAAGCUUAGCACGCCGAAAAGAAGAUCCUGCUGUUCGCCAAGUGCAAACCAAAUCAUCAAAAGUUCGACUCGAUAUCAGGAUCAGAAGCCUACUCGCUUUAACCAUGGACCUUCUCAGCUCUCUGAAAUCCAAGGCCCCCGCCCCGAAGAUGAAGUCUGCAUCUGACGGCCCCCUUGUCUGGGUCGACUGCGAGGUAUGCACUCUGGGUUAAGAAAUACCCCUCCUAACUACUAUUGACCAACACACCCCCAGAUGACUGGACUGGACCCGGACAAGGAGGUAAUCAUUGAAAUCUUCUGCAUCAUCACCACCGGAAACCUGCAAGUCGUUGACCCCGAGGGCUGGGGCUGCGUGGUGCACCAGACGGAGCAACGCAUGGCACAGAUGGACGACUGGUGCACCAAGACACACGGCGACAGCGGCCUCACGGCGGCGGUCAUCGAGUCGACGACGACGCCCGAGCAGGCUGCCGACGAUUUGCUGGCUUACAUCAAGAAGCACAUCCCGGAGAAGAAGACGGCACUGCUGGCGGGCAACAGUGUGCAUGCGGACCGGUCGUUCCUCAACAAGCCGCCCUACCGGAAGGUGGUUGACCAUUUACACCAUCGUAUUCUGGAUGUCAGCUCGCUCAAGGAGGCAGCGAGACGGUGGUGCCCGCCGCAGGUCGUGGAGGGUGCCCCCUCCAAGCAGGGACUUCACCAGGCUCAAGAGGAUAUUCUCGAGAGCAUUGCGGAAGCCAAGUACUAUAGAGAAGCCAUUUUUGGCAAGACGUGGAGAGGAGAGGCCAGCGCGCAAGACACGCCGGUCAGUGAGCGGGAUGAGGACGAGGCUUGGGCAGACAAUUUGCUGUAAACUGUAGCAAUUCAGAAUCCAAAAAUUCAGCUCUUCUCGUCUCAUGAGGCAUUGGGGUGAGUGAGAUGCCAUCUUCAGCUGCCUUACCUGAGAUUACCUGGCACGCCUUGUAAGAUACCUUAGGAAAUAGCUGAAUCAAUAGUUGACCGCAAAGGUAGCGGGGUCUUGAACGGCAGUGCAUAGUCUGAUGCACACUGUUACAGUG